AUGAAAACUCCCCUCUUGCUUCUCUUGUUGUUGUUCACUCUGGGCUUCCUUACCAAAACCACAAGCUCGUGCCUUGCUGCCGAGAGAGAUGCUCUACUUGAGUUCCGAGCUGGGAUGAACGGUACGCUUAAAAGAAUGCCUUCUUGGGAAGAAGAAGACUGCUGUAACUGGGAGGGAGUUGUCUGCCACCCCACAACCCGUCAUGUGGUGAAGCUCAAGCUCAGCGAAUGCAUUCAAGAUUCCAAGGGCCAGGUUCAUCAAAUGAUCAAUUCAUCAUUGCUUGCUUUAACUGAGCUGAACCACUUGGAUCUCAGCUACAAUCAUUUCUACAAUGUGCCUAUCCCAAAAUUUAUAGGUUCUUUCAAGAAAUUGAAAUAUCUCAACCUCUCUAAUUCAUUCUUCAUUGGAGGUAUUCCUCUGGAGUUCAGGAACCUCACCCACCUACGUUCCCUGGAUUUAGAUAAUGCUCUAGAUCCGGAACAACAACAUGUUGGCGAUCUUGACUGGCUCACCCAUCUUUCUUCUCUUAAACACUUAGACAUCAGUGGGUUGCUACUCCCUAGUUUAACUGAUUGGCUCCUGCCAUCCAACUUACACGGGUCUCUCACUGCGUUGAUAACUAGGGGCUGCAACCUUAUUUCCAUCCCAGUGUCUCCAUCUAAUGUUAACUUCACAUCUCUUGAGAUCCUUGAUAUCUCUGACAAUCAUUUCCAUACCACCUUGCCUCAGUGGGUCUGGAAUAUCACUAGCCUUACACAUCUCGAUCUUGGUUUUGCGGAAUUCUAUGGCACAAUUCCUGAAGCCAUCGGAGCAUUGACCUCUCUUACAUACCUUGAUUUAUCAAACAAUUAUAUUGAAGGAACUAUACCCAGAGCGAUAACACAUCUACUGCGGUUGGAAUCACUAAGUUUGCAGGGCAAUCAACUGAGUGGAAGUUUGGGCAGUUGGAUUGAGCAUUUGACAAGUCUCACAUUAAUUGAUUUGGGUCAUAAUAUUCUUAAUGGCUCAGUACCUACAGGAAUUGGAAAGCUUUCUAAUCUCACCUCUUUGUCUCUUUGUUAUAAUCAACUCCAAGGCAGUGUAUCAGAGAUCCACCUGGAGAACCUAACACGACUAGAAGUUUUGGACUUGUCUUAUAACUACCUAAAGGUAUCUUUUGAUCCCAACUGGGUUCCUGUUUUUCAACUUGUUCUUGUUCAACUCAGUGGUUGCGAAAUAGGGCCACAAAUUCCAAGAUGGUUGCAGUUACAAACAAGAAUAGAUGCCUUGGAUUUGUCCAACAAUAAAAUUGCAGAAACAUUGCCGAGUUGGUUGGUGAAUGUUUCAUCUUCCACUCUUACAAGUUUACACCUCUCAGGAAACCAAAUUAAAGGUAAACUACCAACAUUUUCAGAUGCUUCGAGAUUGAUCAACUUAAGGCUGGACACCAACCAAUUUGAAGGCCAACUGGAUGAUCUUUUUUCAUGCAAUUAUUCCUCCACCGAAGUACAGUUACCGUCAUGGUCCAAUAUUCUUGAGUUGUCACUCUCAAACAAUAAGCUGGAAGGUGUCAUACCGUUGUUCGUUUGCAAUUGGACAGGUCUAGAUUUUCUUCACUUAUCAAACAACAGUUUGACUGGCGAAAUUCCUUACUGCUUAGGGGAAUCAUUAAAAGGUCUUGUUACACUGAAUUUGGCCAACAAUAUUUUGUUUGGAAAAAUUCCAACAACAUUUGGUUCUUUGUUGCUGCUUGCACAAUUAGUAUUGAAUAAUAAUGGUUUUUCUGGUCAGCUACCUUCAUCGUUGCAAAAUUGUACAUAUUUAUCUUAUCUUGAUCUGUCUCACAAUGCAUUCUCUGGCAACAUACCGCCAUGGAUGGGAGAAAGUCUACAGGGGUUACAAGUAUUUCGUCUUGGUUAUAAUAUUUUCUCAGGUGACAUUCCUCAGCAGCUUUUACUACUUGAAGAACUUAAAAUAUUGGAUCUUUCAAACAAUAACUUCUCAGGAUCCUUGCCUUAUUACCUUGGUAAUUUUACGGCCAUGGCAUCUAUUUCACGUUCGUUUGAAUUCACAGAAUAUGUUGAUUUAGUUAUACCAACAAAGGGAGGAAACCUUCAUUAUCCUUAUAAGUCAGAUUUAACCACAAGUUUAGACUUUUCUGGAAAUAAUCUAACAGGGGAAAUCCCUCCAGAAAUUGGACGCCUUAUAGGACUGCAUAAUUUAAACCUCUCCAGAAAUCAUUUGAGUGGUAAAAUUCCUCAAGAACUAGGAGAGAUCACGCUACUAGAAUCUCUUGACCUAUCAUUUAAUGACCUCUCUGGUACGAUUCCAAAUAGUUUGGCAGACUUGAACUUUCUCAGCUACAUAAAUCUGUCUUAUAACAAUCUGAUGGGGAGGAUACCGUCUGGUUCUCAACUUCAAACUCUGAGUGACCCUUCUAGGUAUAUGGGCAAUCCUCGUCUGUGUGGGCCGCCAGUUUCCAGUGGUUGUUCGGUAAUGGAAACAGUUGACAAAGUUCAGAAAAUGAGAAAUUUUGAAUGGAUUUGGCUUUCUAUUGCUGUGGUGCUUGGAUUUCUGUUGGGGAUUUGGACCUUCUGUGGCAUCCUCUUAUUCAAAAGAGAAUGGAGAUAUGCAUACUUCCGAGGGAUUGAUAGCUGGUAUGAUCGAAUUUUAUUGCAACUGCUCUUCUGCCUUGCGCGGUUAAGUGGACAAGACUAA